AUUUCUUCCAAGUUUCAUCAUCGUCAUCAUCACCAUGGGAAAGUGCUACCCUGUUGUGAGUGAGGAAUAUCAGAAAGCCAUUGAAAAGGCUAAGAGAAAACUCAGAGGAUUCAUCGCUGAGAAGAAUUGUGCUCCUCUAAUGCUUCGUCUUGCAUGGCACUCUGCUGGAACCUUUUGCAAGGAUUCCAAGACUGGUGGUCCUUUUGGAACUAUGAGGUUCAAAAGUGAGCUCGCCCAUGGCGCCAACAAUGGCCUUGACAUCGCUGUUAGGCUAUUGGAGCCGAUCAAGGAACAGUUCCCCAUCCUCUCAUAUGCAGACUUUUACCAGUUGGCUGGUGUUGUUGCUGUUGAGGUUACUGGAGGACCCGACGUUCCUUUCCACCCUGGUAGAGAGGACAAACCCGAGCCACCACCAGAAGGCCGCUUGCCUGAUGCUACCAAGGGCUCUGAUCAUCUGAGAGAUGUUUUCUACACCAUGGGUCUUUCGGACCAGGACAUUGUUGCCCUCUCUGGUGGUCACACAUUGGGUAGGGCACACAAGGAACGAUCCGGUUUCGAGGGGCCAUGGACUACCAACCCUCUCAUCUUUGACAAAUCGUACUUCACAGAACUCUUGACUGGAGAGAAGGAAGGACUUCUGCAGUUGGCAUCAGACAAGGCACUUCUGUCUGACCCAGUCUUCCGCCCACUUGUCGAAAAAUAUGCUGCCGAUGAGGAUGCUUUCUUUGCUGAUUAUGCUGAAGCUCACCAGAAGCUUUCCGAGCUAGGUUUUGCUGAUGCUUGAGCAAUUGGAAUAGGAAAAUGAGGCUGCAGGCUGUUGUUUAUGUUAGCCUUGAUUUUGUAAUGUAAUGGGAAGGUUGAAUGGGGAGAUUGUUGUUUUUUCUUUUGGACAGUUGGUUUGAUUUUGGGCUGACUUGUUGGGGGAGACUUUGAGCUGAAUGUAAUAUCUCAUCUCCCAACCUCUUUGGACUUUAAUAAUGUUGCUUGAAAAUUUAUCAUUUUGGUGUUGUUUAGGGCCACAAUCCAAUCUACAUCAUUAAUGUUAAUGAGCACAGAUACUGUUGAGC